GAAGAACGACACAGCAUGUACAUCUAGCACAGAAGGCUCUACAUCUAGGCACCAUGAAGGAUCCGAUGUACUUUGAAAACUACGGGGAGCCGCUAGACUUCGAGGUACCGGAGAAGUGCGACAAGGCGCUCGUGCCUAAUUACAUAGUGAACCUGUUCAGCGCCAUCACGGUAGUUGGCACGUGUGCCGUGGUGGCCAGCGUGGCUGUCAACUCGUUGCGCGGCAGCAAGGCUCACCACAAGCUGUCGGCCAGCGCCGUCCUGCUACCGGACCGGGAAGAGCCGAUGGACGCGUGGACGGCCGAGUGGCACACGUUCAUGCCCAGCCCGAGGCCAAUCGUGUGCUUCCUUAACCGUGAAGGUUUCCUCAGACCGCCUCCAAACACGCUUGUCCUACGCCACUUCCCUGGUUUCUACUGCAACGAGAUCGUGUACGACGGCCUUGUCUUCGAAAAUGCCACAUUGCAGCUCCUGGCAGAUGCGACGGACGACGCCAUCCUUCGGCAGCUGAACCAUAUUCGAGACAGCCUGUUCCCCCAUUGGAAGGUAGUCGUCAAUGUCUUCGCGGAUGGCUUAUCGACAAAGCGAAUGAGUGAAAACGGGUCCAUGUUGCUGAACUCCCUGUUCACGUGGCUGGAGCGACAUCGCGUUGACGGCCUCAACUUCGAGCUCGACGGUGACGCCUUGCACGGGGACGGAGGCGCCGCUCUGGAAGUCGUGGCCUUUUUCACAUCUGUCUACCUCGACCACCGUAGGGGCAACCUCACGCUGUCCGCCAUGCUUCCGUACGGUGCCGCCGCGUUCUUCCACGAGGACCUGCCUUUCACACUGGACCGGAUAUUCAUCAAGACCCAUGGCCUUCUGGACGAGUCGUCAGGAACAACCCAGCUGGCCGCUCCGCUCGACUACGCUGGCUUGACACACCGCCGGCCGAAACGUCGCACCGUCAUGGGGCUGCUCGAAGAACUGGAGGACAGGCUCAGCACCAAGACCUGCUUCACGCUCGCCUUGUCCGGCACGGCCUUCACUCUCAGACAGCCGUCGCAACGAGACGUCGGCGACCCGGUGAAGCCAGGGCAGCCAGCGAAGACCUCUUUCUCCGACGUGUGCGCUGUGGUGCCCAGUCGCGUCAAGAGGAUCGAGGACGACGCCGCCUACACGGCCGAGAACCUCACGUGGGUUGCGCACGAGGACCAGUUCACGGUCUUCGAGAAGGCGGCCAAGGUUCUCAUGCACUGGCGCUUCAUGUGCGUUGCGGCUGUCGACGUGGACUUGGACGAUGUGCGAGGGGAGUGCGGACGCACCUACCCGCUCCUGAGGCGUAUCUACGAGACCUCCAGCGUGCUAAAGUACUCGUGACUUCGCCGUGCUCCGGAAGAGCGAAAGCUAUUGUUUUUUCUUGACGAUUGGUUCGUGAUUGAAAAAAAUAAAGCAAAUACUUCUGUGCCAGC